ACAUUCUAAUUCCCGGAUCUUUUCAGCUGCCGCCAAGUGUCUGCCUUAACCGCCGGCCGGGGGGGCACGCGGAGGUGAACAACCGGGAACAUUACAUCAACAGUAGGCCCUCCGGUGUUCUCGGAACAAACACAUCUAACGGACUUAACAGGUUCGCCUGCGUAAUGGAAGCGGACGGGUUUGUCCCCUCCUCGACCCUGGAAUCGCCGGCUGUUGAAAGGCGGGUCACGGGCACUAUAGCCGCGACGGGAUUUGGGAUUCUUGGCAACAGCGUCUUGGAUGCCACGGGGGGCUUUGUCGGGUCCUUUACGCCGAGAAUGACGGGGGAGCCGGAUUUUGUCUCCAUGCUGCACCGAGCAACUCCCGAGCCCUCGGCGUCCGUGGAGCCAGAAGUAGACUAUGAAGGACUGCCUCAAGGAGCAGCUAGCAGCACACACAUGCUGGCUGGAGCUGUGGCUGGAAUCAUGGAGCACUGUCUUAUGUAUCCCGUCGACUGCGUCAAGACCCGUAUGCAGAGUUUGCACCCGGAGCCGGGGGCGCGCUACCGGAACGUGAUGGACGCCCUGCAGCAGAUCGUACGGACAGAGGGGCUGUGGCGCCCCAUCAGGGGGGUCAACGUGCUGGCCGUGGGGGCCGGACCUGCACACGCUCUUUACUUCGCUUGCUAUGAGAAAAUAAAGUUUUCACUCAGCGACGCAGUUCAUCCGGGCACAAACAGCCACUUUGCAAACGGUGUAGCAGGUUGUGCAGCUACUGUUCUACAUGAUGCCAUCAUGAACCCAGCUGAAGUUGUAAAGCAGCGGAUGCAGAUGUUCAACUCGCCCUACCGCGGCGUUCUGGACUGCAUGGGCUCUCUGCUGAGGCAGGAGGGUCCGGCGGCCUUCUACCGCAGCUACACCACGCAGCUGACCAUGAACGUGCCGUUCCAGGCGCUGCACUUCAUGACCUACGAGUAUCUGCAGGAGCUGCUGAACCCCCACAGACAGUACAACCCGUCCUCGCACGUCGUGUCGGGCGCUCUCGCCGGCGCCCUGGCCGCCGCCACCACCACUCCCCUCGACGUCUGUAAGACGCUGCUCAACACGCAGGAAGCUCAGGCCGUCCAUGUGAUCCCAGCUGGAGCGGCGACAGCGGCGGCGGCCUCAGGUCCGGAGAGCCGCUACAUCUCCGGGCUGAGCGAGGCGUUCCGGACUGUGUACCGGACCGGAGGCGUGCCGGCGUUCUUUAAAGGCGUCCAGGCCAGAGUCAUCUACCAGAUGCCUUCCACCGCCAUCAGCUGGUCGGUCUACGAGUUCUUCAAGUACGUCAUCACGAAGCGGCAGCACGAAAAGAGGCUGCGUGGCGAUCGGGACGGAGACAAAUGAACCACAUCUGGUGUUGCUAAUGAAUCCUCAGCAUCACAUUCGGUUCACAAAAGAAGGCGGGUUUUAAGGUUCUUGGCGCAAAAAAAGUCAACUUUAUUUUGUUUACAGAAAUAAUGUGUAGUUCAUAUGAAAAUCCAGGGAAGGCAAGUUGACCUUUACGAGCUCUGAGUUCAACUCGCCGCCUGGAGGAAGCAGGGAGUUGUGACUCCAGCUGUGUUUUAUUCUAGCGUUCAGCUUGAUGAGCAUCUCCUAACUGGCUUUUUAAAGAAAAACAGGAAACAUCACGCACAUUUAUAGGAUGUAAAAAGUGCUGCUAUUUUCGGACCACCAGAGGGCGCAGUGUUGCACAGCUGCAACAGAAACGACCUGUGAAAACACAGAAGCUUUAGGAGAGCAUUUGAGUUUGCCCCGUUUUUGCACAUUUCUGAAUGUUAUUAGCAGGUGGCUGGAAGUCAAACUGUUCAGAGCAAAAAAUAAAGAAAUGAAAACGGGGAAAACAUCA